GCCGUUUUUAUUGAAAAGCGCGGAAAUAUUUUAAAAAUGGUACCAGUAAUACUAUCAAUAAUAUAAGAUAGCAACUAAAAAAAUACUAAGAAUUAAAGUUGUGUGUAAAUGCAUCUAGUGCUGAAACCAGUCUGGAUUUGAAAGAAUCACAUCUACUAGCAUGUCAUUAAAUCAAAUUUUAUUCAGUUUAACUGAUUUUCAAAAAAUUUUCAUCUAAUAAUCAUCAAAUCUGUCAAUCAUAUUAGUGAUAUCAUUGGUCUAUUCUCAAGAAGUAUUAAUGUAAAGGAUUACAAGAUACAAGUUUAAUUAUACAUAGAAGAAAUGACCCCAAUUGCUAGUAGAGAUGAAGAAGAUUCAAUAGAUAACUAUGAAGUUUUUGAGCUUCUUGGGCGUGGCUCAUUUGCAGUAGUGUAUCGUGCUGUUCACAAGCCUACCUGUAAAGAAGUUGCUAUUAAAAUGAUAGACAAAAAAAAGUUGCAAAGCAGUAGCAUGAUGAAAAGAGUUUGCAAUGAAGUAGAAAUUCACUGUCAGCUUAAACACCCAUCAAUACUUGAGAUGUAUGGAUCAUUUGAAGAUAGCAACUAUGUUUAUUUAAUUCUUGAACUUUGCCACAAUGGAGAACUACAACAGUAUCUGAAAAAAAGUCCAAUGAAUGAAGAGCAAGCUCGUAAAACAAUUCGAGAAGUAAUUAUUGGCUUACUUUAUUUACACUCUCAUGGUAUUUUACACAGAGAUCUUUCACUUGGAAACAUUCUUUUAACCAAAAAUAUGGAUAUUAAAAUUGCAGAUUUUGGACUCGCUGCAAAGCUUAAUAUGCCUACAGAUAAACAUUAUACCAUGUGUGGUACCCCAAAUUAUAUAUCACCUGAAAUUGCAACAAGGAGUCCCCAUGGUCUUGAGUCAGAUGUAUGGAGUUUAGGUUGCAUGCUUUACACUCUUCUUGUAGGCAAACCUCCUUUCGAUACAGAAGGUGUGAAAACAACACUCAAUCGUGUAGUGAUGGCUGAUUACAGUGUACCAAAAUAUUUAUCAUUUGAAGCUAAAGAUCUUAUCGAUAAACUUCUUAAAAAGAAUCCAAAUGACAGAAUAACUCUUUCAGGAAUUUUGGACCACCCUUUCUUAUUGGGAAAAGAAAAUUUUAUGAAUUCCUAUCAAGACGGUUUGAUUUCAAUUGACAGUGGUCAUGGAACUUUGUCAACAAAUAUUAGUAAAGCUAGUUCAGACAAGGCUAAUUCAUAUUUAAUCAGACAUCCCCCUUCACCACCUGUUAAAUUAGUGAAAAGUGAUAAGUUUGAAGAUGAUUCAAUCUAUGUGAAAAGAAAUAUUUCUACACAAGGUUUUCCAUCGUUUUCAACUGAAACAACAUGUCACCGGGAUAAUGAUAGACAUUGUGUUUCAAGGUCCUCGUGCAAUUGUUCAUCAAACUGUUUGCAUUCAUACUGUUGGCAUGAAAGUAAUGAUGUUUCCUGUAAAAGUAUAUCUGAACACUAUAAUUACCAAAAACGACCUCUUCAAGAUUGUAGUAACAUUAUAGUUGAAAGAACUAGGGAAAAUUUAAAAAUUUUUUUCAAUGAUAAAGAAAAUCAUUGCUAUACUAAAACAGAUGAAAAUAAGCUAUCACAAUCAUUAGAUAAGAUUAUGGAACCACUUUCUACUGCUCGUUUGCGCCCUAUACGUCAAAAGACUCGAAAUGCUGUAGUAAGUAUUCUUGAAGAUGAAACUGUAUGUUUGGAAUUUCUACAAAAUAGAGGCGGUGUUGAUUAUGUUAUUGAAGUAUUCCGAAUAUCAUCAGAUGGUAUUAAGGUCACAGUAUUUAAUCCUAAUGGAGCAAAUGGUGUUCCAUUAGAAGACACUCCUGUUUCUGUCCCACCAUCAGCAGUUUGCCAUGCAUUUGCAGGCUUACCAAAAAAACUUUGGUUGAAAUAUAAGUAUGCAGAUAAAUUUGUGCGAUUAGUAAAAAUGAAAACACCAAAGAUUACGUUUUAUUCAGAUCUAGCAAAAUGCUCUUUGAUGGAAAACAUUCCUCCAGAUUUUGAAGCUACAUUUUAUAAUGGUUGUAAAGUCAGUCUUUCAACUGAUGCAAUAAAAAUUAUUGAUGUUAAUGGCAGAUGCAACAAGUAUGUUCAUUCAGAUCAUUCUUUUUCAAACUCUGAAAAAGAACUUUUAACACAUACUCGAACUUGCCAACAACAUUGUCUAACUUUGGAAUCUGCUUUGCGUAAUCUUAAAUGUAGCUCUUCCUAUUACCCUGUAGUAAUGGGUAAAAGACCAUCAACUGGAAAAAGAAAUAAAAAAGCAGAAGCAAGACCCUGCAAUGCUUUGUCAUCAUGUGCCCCAUCUUCACCUCAAUCAAAUACUGUAUCUGUUUCUGUAAUGUCAUUUGAAGGAACAUUAUUGUCUGAUAUUCCCAAAAAACUGACAUUGGCUAAGCCCGGUAUACUGCCAAGUCGACCUAAAGGCCCAAUUCGUGCAAGUUCUACUUCUUCUAUGGAUCGCAUAGCUAAAACAACUGAAGUAAUUAAGAAAACUUUUAUACCGUCUGCUGGUUGGGGUUCUCAGUUACGUAAUGGAGAAAUAGAUGUUCAGUUUAACGAUGGAACUCAAAUUAUUUUUAAUGGUGUAACAGUACGUUAUGUUAAUCAUCAAGGCGAUACCUUCAAUUAUUCAAAGUCUGAUUCUUUACCAGAAACCGUUAAGUUAAAAGUAUCUCAUUUGCCUGAGUUUAUCCAUGAACUUUCUAAGAAAUAGUUUUUGAAAUUACUACUAAACAAAUAUACGAUUCCACUAUUUUAAUAUUGAUAUCGUCACUGUUAAAUAUAAUCAAUUUUUUAUGAA